AUGAAUAUCUUUAAUAAUAAAUUAAUAAAACCUAUACAACCACAACAGAAUCAUCAACAACAACAAAAUACAUUUAAUAAACAAUCAUUUAUAUCAUCAAUAAACAAAAGUAAUAACAAUACUAAUAGUCAUGUAAAUAAUAAUAAUAACAACAACAAUAAUAGUAAUGGUUAUACUUUUAAUUACAACCAUAGCAAUAAUAAUAUAAAGAAAAUAGAUAUAGAUCCAUUUGGAAAUGGUACUAUUAUUUCGAACUCUCUAAAGAGACCGGGUGGUAGAUCGUCAUCUUCAUCUACAUCAACAUCUGCAUCAACACUCAACCAAAGUAAAUUACCAUUCUUUAAGAAACAACCUGAUCAAAAACCACCUCAACAACAACAACAACAACAGCAGCAGCAACAAGUAAUAAAUAACAAUUACAACAAUAACAAUAACAAUAAUAGUAAUAAUUUAGUAGAUUUAGUUGAUGAUUCAGAUGGUUUUGAAUUUGAUUUUAGUGUAGAUGAUUCAUUAACUAAUAAUAGUACAGCAACCACUACAACAACCACUACAUCUUCUUCUUCAUCAUCGUCAUUAUCAUCUUUUAAAACAACAAGUAAAUUGUUGAACCCAAGUAUCAAUGUUAUCAAUGUAAAUAAUAAUAAUAGUAGUAAUAACAAUGGUAAUGUUGGUAAAUCAACUACCGCGAAUCAUAGCAGUGGUGAUGGUACAAGAAGAUAUUCAGAUAGUUUUCCACCGCAAUUUCAAUUUCCACCGUUGGAAGACGAUCGCUUUCAAGAGUCAGACGAUGAUGCAAUGAAAACAUUGAUCUAUCCUGCGAAUAUGACAAUCAGAGACUAUCAAUAUAAUAUCGUGAUCAAUGCCAUCUACAAGAACACUCUGGUGUGUUUGCCAACCGGUCUCGGAAAGACGUUCAUCGCGUCGGUUGUGAUGCUGAACUUCUAUCGAUGGUUCCCAAAGUCAAAGAUUAUCUUUAUGGUUCACUCACGACCGUUGGUGACACAACAGAUGUCGGCAUUCCACUCGAUCACCGGCGUCAAGCUGAGCGACUCCAUUCAGUUGACGGGCAACGUCAAGCCCGAAGCCCGCACCAAACUCUGGCAGGAUAAACGUGUGUUUUUCAUCACACCGCAGAUUCUCGAUAAGGAUAUAGAGGCGGGUCGGUGUGAUCCGUCGAACAUCAGUUUGGUCGUCGUCGACGAAGCGCACAAGGCAACCGGUGACUUUGCCUACUGCACAUCGAUUCAUCUCAUUGCAAAGUAUACGCGAUACUUUAGAAUACUGGCGCUGACUGCAUCGCCCGGUAGCAAGCGAGAUGCCGUCCAAAAGGUAUUGAGCAACCUACUCAUCUCCAACAUGGACAUUAGAACAGAGAAUUCACUGGACAUUGCGCCAUACGUCCACAAAAAGUCGAUAGAGGUCAUCGUUGUUCCAAUAUCAGAAGAGGUAAACCAGCUAUUACAACUCCUAGAGAAAGUACAAAGAAUAAUAUAUAAUAAUAUACAAAGUUAUAUAAAGAAACCAUUAAAUGAAUGUAUACCAUCUUAUGCAAUUAAACAAAUGCAAUUGUAUCAUUCAAUGAAUAAUUUCAAUGUUGGAUAUAAUUUUCAGGUUUUAUCAUAUCUUUUGAAUGCAUCGACAACACUUGUUAAACAUGGAAUGUCAAGAUUCUUGGAUGUUUUGAAUCAGAUAAAGACACCAAAGAAAAUGACGAAACCAGUCAAGGAAGUGUUACAAUCAAUGCAAUGGGCAAAUCUAUUGACUCACGUGACAGCUAUGGAUGGUAAGAUAGCUCAUAACAAAAUGGCUAAAUUAGGUGAAGUAGUUAUUGAUCAUUUUAAAAACUCAAAGGAAACAUCAACUAGAGUAAUGAUAUUCGUUGAUUUUAAAUCAGCUGUCAAGGAAAUUGUUGAUAAUCUUGGAAAGUUGAGUUCUUUGAUCAAGGUUAUGGAGUUUUAUGGACAGUCCGACUCAAAGGGUAAAGCAAAGGGUUUGAAACAAAGUGAACAAGCAUCGAUUCUAACGAGGUUUCGCUCUGGUUCCUACAAUACUCUGGUUACCACUUGCAUCGGUGAAGAAGGUCUGGACUUUGGAGAGGUCGAUCUCAUCGUUUGUUUCGAUACGCCACAAUCCACAGUGAGAAACAUUCAGCGUAUGGGUAGAACCGGUAGAAAGAGAAAUGGAAAGUGUGUAAUUCUCUUGUCUGAAGGUACCGAAGAGUCGAUCUACAAUAGCUCCGUCAUGAAACUCGAUUCCAUCUUGAAGUAUGCCAAUAGCUAUACUUACUAUCAAUCGGAGAGAAUGGUUAUUGGUUAUCCUCAUGCAGAACAUACCAUUAUAGAUCCUGUUCUUAUGGAUGGAAAUGAUAACAAUGAUAAUAAUGAUAACAAUAAUGGUACGGGUCAUACAAAGAGUAACAAAUCUAGAAAAAUAUCAUCUGCUAUUGUCACUGGUGAACAGCUUAGAUACCUACAGAAUAACUAUCAGAUUAAUGAUACUACGAUACAAAAGAAACUGAACAUUGAACAAUGGAUUCCAAUCAAUUCGAUGCCGACGCAAACACACAUGAUCGAUCACUCUGAUCGCUCACAUUUAAUGAUGGAUAUAUUGGAGAUGAUACAAUCCACAAAGAUCGAUGAAUUGACAGACAUGGAACAUCAACUACUUCAAUAUCAACGCAAUGGAUAUAUGCAACAACCAUCUACAACAACAACACCACCAACUUAUAAACAAAAGCAACAAAAACAACAACAACAACAAGAUGACAUUAUGAAUCUUGAACACCACUUACAAUCACCAACACCACCUCAACCAACAACAACCACAACAACGAGAACUACAAAUAAUAUUUCAUCACCAUUUUUCAAUCAAAUGAAUCAUCAUAACUCAGAACUAAAUAUACAAUUGUCAGGAAAAACAAAAACAACAGCAACAACAACAACACCAAACGAAGAGGCAAUGGAUGUAGACGAUCAUGUACCCAAUCAGAAUAGAAUUGUCGAUGAGUUUGACUUUGACUUUGGUAUGGAUUUUAGUGAUAACGAGAGUAAUCCACCAGCACCCCCACCAUCAAAGUCAAACAGUAAUACCAAGUCAACACUAUUAUUGAAUUGUGAAAGCUUCUUGCCUGCCGAUAUCGAGCUGACCAUCACGCCAAACCUCUCAAAUAUAUUUAUUGUUCCACCGCCUCCUCCAAUUCCCAAAGUUCCUUCCAAAUUUGCGUUUAACCUCCCUAAACCACCAUCUUCAUCCACCUUAACAAAACUAGCUACUAAUAACAAUAACAAUAACAAUAACAAUAACAAUAACAAUAAUAACAUUAACAUUAACAUUAACAAUGAAUCAACAACAUCAACAUCAUCAUCACAACCAAACUCAUCUCCACUCGAUAUCUCAUUUAAUACACCGAUCAAGAAAGUAUCUAGAAUCUUUAAGAAGCCAACUGUUGGUAACUCCACACCAGCAAUAUCGCCAAUUAAAAAGAAAAGAAGUAAAGAAAGUAAUAAUAAUGAGAGUAGUAAAGGAAUCAAUGGCAAACCAAGUAACAAUGGUAAUCCAAAGAAAAAACAAAGAAAGCAUCGUGACGUCAAUGAUUUCUUUGUUUUGGAGGCGGAAGAUGAGGAUGAAAAUGGAAGUGACUCUGACUCUGACAUUGAUGAGUAUGACACCGACGACUCUUUUAUUUGUGACUCCAGUACAGAGAAUUCACAGGAGGACUCAUCGACCGACCAUAGUACCGUUGGUAACAAGCGAAAGAAACCAUCUAUGCAAUCGAUCUAUAUGCAGUCUCUACUGAGUCAGCAUGCCGACCAGUUUGGACCUCGUCGUACCCGUGCUGCCUACAAACUCAAACUCGGAAAAGAUAGCUUCUUGAACGCCGCUGCCAACCAUCCAUCUCUUUUGGAUCAAUCAAUCAACGAAGAAGCAGAAGAAGGUGGACAUGAUCAAGAACGAUCGGUAGAUAAUCAAACAGCUGCAAGUGAAGACGAAGCAAUGGAAGAUACAAGACCACUCAUGGAAAUCGAACAAGAUGAACAAGCAGCCACAGAUGAAGAGAUUGACAAUACACAGCCAUCAGAACAACAAAAAGAUUCAAACUCAAAUGAAAUGAUUAUAACAACAACCACUACAACAAAUAAUACAACUACUUUUGAUAACAAAAACAAUAAUAAUAAUAAUAACAAUAACAAUAAUCAAGACCUAUUUAGAGAUGAUUGUGAAAUGCCAGAACUAAAGAGAAGGGGAUCAUCUACCUUCAACUCUGAAUUCAAUGUCAACGUAUGGACAGGUGAUAUGGAUCAGGAUGGUGACACAACUUGGUUUUAA